UUGGAGCUCACGGCUGAUGAGAUUGCUCAGGGGUGGCUCACAUUCCCACUACAGAUCUCCAGCUGGAGGAGUUACUGUGCUGGCUCAGUGGGGAACUGGCUCAUUCCUCUGAGCCAAGCUGCCUUUCAAACAGGAAUGGGCUUAGCAACCGCCACAAUACAGCCACCUCUGGGGUGGAGCGCAGCAACUGUUCAACAGCACAGAUCAAUGCCCCAUAACCGCGCAGGACAGGGAGUUCAGAAGAGCCUGUGGCUGCCUGAAACAGCACAGAUUUAGCUGAGUGGAAAGGGCAAAAGGAGGCUCCCUGGCAGCCAGAUAACUGUGUACCUGGGCACUUGUUUGAUUCCUGGAAAUAAGUCAUAUCCUGGACUGUCAUGAACCUCUGAGCCAACUCUUGCACCACCACAUGAUCAAUCAGAAAGGCUGAUUCCCGGGCAGAGACAGCGUUACGCAAGACAAGUGUUUGGCUGCCCCACAGCCUCUGAGAAACCAUUUCCAAACUUUCCUGUUGUGGGAGCCAGGCACAGCCACUGCCCAGGGUUUAUAAGGGGCCGAGCAGGCCAGGCUCCGAGAGGCAUCUGGGGGGGCAGCAGGACAAGAUGCAGGCUUGCACUGGCCUUCCCCUCGCUCUGGCGUUCCUCGUGGUGGCUGCUGCCCCCCCAGCCGGUCUGGCAGAGGACAGAGAGUCCAGCUGCUGUGCGCGACUGGAGGGAUUAUCUCAGUGUGGAGCAGGCAAGAUCAUUUUCCAGGGCCAGCCAGGGAUCCCAGGAAUACCGGGCACUCCGGGGACCAACGGCCUGCCUGGGGCUAAAGGAGAUCCAGGCCCUCAAGGGCCACCAGGCAAGACGGGCUCCCCUGGGGCAGUGGGGAAGGCUGGACCCAAAGGAGACAAAGGAGAUGCAAGUCCCGCCAGCUCUCAGCAGCAAGGUGCCAGGAACUGCAAGGAGGUGCUGGAGCAGGGGCAGGGGCUGAGCGGCUGGUACCCCAUCCACCCCCACCCCGGGAGAACGCUGACCGUCUUUUGUGACAUGGCAACGGACGGCGGGGGCUGGCUGGUGUUCCAGCGGCGACAGGACGGGUCUGUGGAUUUCUACCGGGACUGGGAGUCCUACAAGAAGGGGUUUGGAAACCAAGCAUCUGAGUUCUGGCUGGGUAAUGACAACAUCCACCUUCUCACCAGCAGCGGCACCUACCAGCUGCAGAUUGGCCAGGACUUCAACGAGACCAGCACCUUUGCCAAGUACACCAGCUUCAAGCUGUUGGGUGAAGAGGAAAACUACACGCUGGCCUUGGGCUCCUACUUGGAUGGCACCAUGGGAGAUUCUCUCUCAGGACACGCGAAGCUGGCGUUCUCCAUGUGGGACAAAGACCAUGACACCUACGAGGGCAGCUGUGCCAUGGGGUGCCACUCCUCCAACCUCAAUGGGCUGUACCUCAAAGGUGAACACAGCUCCUAUGCCAACGGCAUCAACUGGUCCACCGGGAAGGGGCACCGCUACUCGUACAAAUACGUGGACAUGAAAAUAAGGCCCCAGUAGGCAGCAUCUCUCUGGGCACUGCACUGAUGCUACAGGGACUCGUCCCCGGGGACCUACAUCAGCUGAACACCCCUUCUUCAGGGCUAGUAAACUGAACUUGCCGUGAGCCAGGACCUCCCGUGCUGCUGUGGUACACGGCUGUUUCCUCUCCUGGCUCUAGCCACCUGACCCUGUCUACUCCGACCCCCAGCGCGCUCUCGUUUUCUUGGCUGGACCAGUGGUCCUGCUUUCAGAAAGAUGGGCUGAGAGUCUGGACUCUCUUCCCACUGACCUGCUGUCUGACUCGGGAGGGCAAGUUGCUGGGGGCCUCUCUGCCUCAG